UCUGUCUGUCUGCCCAUUCUCUCAUGUCCACUCUACCUGUCGCUCAAUACACACACACAGAACCAGGAAGUUCAUUUCAGAGAAAAUGAAACUCAGAAAACUCAGAGUCUCUCUCUCUCUCUCUCUCUCUCUCUCUCUCUCUCAGUGUGUGAGUGCAGGAAAAUGGCAGAAUCCAGUAUUUCAGUAGAUCAGCUUUCAGUAGAUCAGUUCAGCUGUCCAGUGUGUCUGGAUCUCCUGAAGGAUCCAGUGACUACUCCCUGUGGACACAGUUUCUGUAAGGUGUGUAUUAAUGGCUGCUGGGAUCAGGAGGAUGUGAAGGGCGUCUACAGCUGUCCCCAGUGUAGAGAGACUUUCACUCCAAGGCCUGUUCUACGCAGGAACAACAUGAUGGCUGAAGUGGUGGAGAAACUGAAGAAGACUGAACUCCACGCUGCUUCUCCUGCUCACUGUUACGCUGGACCUGGAGAUGUGGAGUGUGAUUCCUGCACCGGGAGAAAACGCAAAGCCGCCAAGUCCUGUCUGGUGUGUCUGGCCUCCUAUUGUGAAGAUCAUCUUAAACCUCACUUUCAGUCUCCUGCCUUUAAGAAGCACAAGUUAGUUGAAGACUGUGCAGAGCUCCAAGAGAAGAUCUGCUCUCAGCACGACAAACUGAUCGAGAUCUUCUGUCGUACUGACCAAAGCUUCAUCUGUUUCUUGUGUUUCAUGGAUGAUCACAGAGGCCAUGAUACGGUUUCAGCUAAAGCAGAAAGAAGUGAAAAACAGAAUGAGCUACAGGAGGAGCAGAUGAAAUCCCAGCAGAGGAUCCAGGAGAAGCAGGAGAAGGUGCAGGAGCUGAAACAGACUGUGGACACUAUUAAGAUGCAUUCACAGGCAGCAUUAGAUGAGAGUGAGAAGUUCUUUACUGAGAUGAUCAGCUCCAUGGAGAAAAAGCGCUCGGAGGUGAAGGAGAUGAUCAGAGCUCAGGAGAAAGCUGAUCUGAGUCGAGCUGAACGACUCCUGAAGCAACUGGAGCAGGAGAUUGCUGAUCUUAAGAGGAGAGUCACUGAGCUGGAGCAGCUUUCACACACACACGAUCACAUCCACUUCCUCCAGAGUUUCCCGUCUCUCUGUGUUUCUCCUGGAUCUGAGGACUCACCCAGCUUCACUGUCCAUCAACAGCUCUCAUUUGAUGGUGUGAGGAAAUCUCUCUCAGAUCUGAAAAAACGAGUGGAGGAAAUCUGUGAGGAGGAAUUCAACAAAAUCCGUCCACAAGCUGCAGCAGUUCAGAUGAUUUCACUCUCAGAACCAGAGAGCAGAGAAGAUUUUCUGCAGUAUUUCUGUUAUCUGACUCUGGAUCCCAACACAGUAAAUCAUCUCCUCAUUCUGUCUGAGAAGAACAGAGCGGUGAAGCACAGUGAGAGAAAACAGCGAUACUCUGAUCAUCCAGAGAGAUUUAACUCCUUGUAUCAGGUGUUGUGUAAGGAGAGUGUGUGUGGACGCUGUUACUGGGAGGUGGAGUGGAGCAGUGAUGGUGUGUACAUAUCAGUCUCAUAUAAAGAGAUCAGCAGGAAAGGAGGGGGUAAAGAGAGUUUGUUUGGAUUCAACAGUCAGUCCUGGAGUCUGCGGUGUGCUUCUUCCUCUGUCUCUUUCUGGCACAACGACAUUAAGACUGAUCUCCAAGGUCCAGCGUCCUCCAGAAUAGGAGUGUAUGUGGAUCACAGUGCAGGAACUCUGUCCUUCUACAGCAUCUCUGACACGAUGAAGCUCCUCCACAGAGUCCACACCACAUUCACUCAGCCUCUAUACGCUGGGUUUGGUAUGUGGAGUGUUAACUCGACUGUGAGGUUCUGUGAUCUGAAAUGAAAUGUUGGUAAAAGUUUUUAGUAAAAUUAUAACUGAGGUGUUAGAUUUAUUUUCUCUCCGAGUUAGAAUGACACUUUUGUGUGCAGAAACUGUAACAGUUCCACAUUAUUAUUAUUAUUAUUAUUAUUAUUAUUAUUAGUAGUAGUAGUAGUAGUAGUAGUAGUAUUAAAAUGUUUUAGAUAAAUAAUUAUACACAUUAUGAGGGUGUUUUAGUGCCACGUAAAAAAAAUGAACAUUAGGAGAAUAAAGUAAAAAUGUCAUGGCGGUAAUGUUGGUUUUAUAUCCAUCUAUCUAUCUAUCUGUAUCUCUUUCUAUCUGUCUCUCUAUCUAUAUCUAUCUAUCUGUCUGUCUGUCUAUCUAUCUGUCUAUCCGGCUCUAAAGGUAUUGGAACACUGUACAUGUCCAAAAGUAUGAAUUCAUGCUAGCAACAUGCUAAAUUAUGCUAACAAUGUGCUGAAAAAUGCUAGCAGCAUGCUAAUUCAUGCUAGCAACAUGGUAAUUCAUGCUAGCAGUGUGAUAAAACAUGCUAAUUCAUGCUAGCACAAUGCAAAUUGAUUUUAGCAGUUUGUUUAAACAUGCUAAUUCAUGGUAGCAACAUGGUAAUUCAUGCUAGUAACAUACUAAAAUAUGCUACCAACAUGACAAUCCAUGCUAAACCACCCAGAACAUAGCAACUGCUUAGCAACAGCCUAGUAACCACCCAGAACACCCUAGCAACCACAAAUCUGUCUGUCUGUCUAUCUAUCUAUCUAUCUAUAAUCAACUCUAUAAUGAUUGUCACUCUGUCUAUAUUUCAGACUCUCUUUCUCAAGCCAACAUCAAAGUUUAUUAUGAUGAACUUCACCUAUCUAGUUUUAUUUUAUAUCUUUAACCAUUUUCUGGUCAGGAGUUUUAAAAAAUAUAUUAAUAAGUAACUACUAUAUCUCAUUGACACACAAGAAUUCAGAACCUUUUAGCUGUCUACUACAGUGUAUCAGAGAUGAAAUUAAAUAAUGAAUAUGAGCUCAAAGUGCAGACUUUCCUCUUUAAUUUGAGGAUAUUUACAUCCAAUUCAGGUGUAGGAAUUACAGCACUUUUUAUAAUUCCCUCAUUAUUCCCUCAUUAUUUCACUUAGACGUACGCAGAUAAAAGUGUAGAGUUGAUUUCAGGUGUGGCGUUUGCAUUUGGAAUCUGUUCUUGUUGACUCUCAAUAUGAAGUCCAAAGAGCUGUCACUGCCAGUGAAGCGAGCCAUCAUUAGGCUGAAAAAUCUAAACAAACCCAAAAACAUUAGGUGUGGCCAAAUCAACUAUUCAGUACGUUCUUACAAAAAGAAAGAAUGUGUGUUGUGCAUGUACAGAGGUCACAUUUUCUCCAGGAAUCUGUUCAUCAGUGGCUCAAACCCCUCCUGCAGUCUUAAAAAAAAGUGCCACAAAGAACCAAACAGGGUGUUUCAUAGCGAGGCCAUAGAAAAACCUUUUUUGGUUCCACAAAUAACCUUUUAGUGGAGAACCAUUUUUUUCCCUUAGUGCCACAACGACCUUUUCAGGUUCUACAAAGAACCAAGAUCUUGUAUUGAUGUUUCCAGAUGUGGAGGGAGGAACAUAGGAUGGAAGUAGACGCCAACCCGAAUUUUCAAGAUGUAAAAGUCACAUUUAUCCAGAAUAGUAAUCCAUAUCGAACAAUCAUAUAAAAAUCCAACUAACAUUGAUACAAAGAUGACAUUUUCACAAACUUAACGUGUUUUAAACUAGAUUUUUAUAAGCAUUUUAACACUUUAAAAAACCUGAACAUUGUAUCACUUGCUAGUCAUCCUGGAUUUGAUUAACAUUUAUUGGACUCUGUUAUAAAUAUCCAUCACGUUUUGAAUCGAUACAUGUAUUAUUUGGAUCUCUAGAUUAAUUUAUGGUUUAGGAUCUUCUCUGUUUCAUGAUUCAUUCCCCAUUCAAUUGUGUCUUCUGGUCCUACAAGUGGUCUCUCAGAAAGAGAUUGGUUCAUUUUUGUGACCACACAAACACAACAUCCUUUCGGUCAUGACUGAAAUGACUUGGGAGAUGAACUAAUCAAUUCUGUUUCCUGUUCCUACCAGAGUCAGAAUUGAUUAGUGAAUCUCCCGAGUCAGAACGAAUCACUCUCUGUCUGUGUCCGAAAUGGUGGACUACCCUACUAUACAGUAGGCAAAAAGCAGUACGUCAGAGGGGUGGUAUGUCCGAAUUCUCAGUAGGAGAGAAACACCCGGAUGACGGACUGCUUCCGGUCAGAUUUUGCAGCGCGCGAGUUAAAAAAAAAAUGUCGGAAGUUAUGUUAUUUAGUACCUGAAUAAAUUGUUAACUUGUUGAAGAUUUAAACAAGAAAACAGUUGUCACAGCUGUUAAAACAUUUUUUAGGAUCUCCAUCAUGACUUAGCCAGCCAAGCUAACGGUAACGAAUUUACCUCAGCCCGUUAACCCCGCCCACAUUACAUUACUAAUUCACGUCACUUUCCUGAUGUUACUUUGGUUACACUAAUUUAUAAAUUUAUAUGCUUAAUUAUUUAUGAACUGAUAAUAUUUGUGAAGUUAAUUUUUCUGUUCUGCAUUUAUUUUUAUUUCAUUUAUUUAUUUUAUUUAUUUAUCUUAGUAUGUUUAGAAAAAAAUGACAAU